GACCAUCAACAGCUCAGGUGUGUAACAUCUAUUUAAGAAUUGCCCUGCACCAUGAAAUUAUCUGAAGUUUUGCUGCUCUGUGGCUGCUGUAUACUAUUUAUACAGAACUGUAAAGCCCAAGUUUCAUUUUCCCCAGAAGAAACAUCUCUAACGCCCUCAGCCAGUAACUGCACGUGUGAACUUGGCCACGGAAAAUGUGCUGAAAAUGGCGACUGCAGGUGUGAUCCGGGGUGGGGUGGACCACGCUGUGAUGACUGUGUGCGGAUGCCCGGAUGUCUACAUGGCACCUGUCAUCAGCCCUGGCAGUGCACCUGCAUGGAUGGAUGGGCGGGGCGAUUCUGCGACAAAGAUAUUUACGUGUGCUCCAGAGAGCAACCAUGCCAGAAUGGUGCUACUUGCGUCUUGAAUGAGUCAGGGGAAUAUAACUGCUUGUGUCCUGAAGGCUUCCAUGGACGGGACUGUGAACUGAAAACAGGGCCUUGCCAAAAGACCAAGUCCCCCUGCAAGAACGGUGGUCUGUGUGAGGAUCUGAGUGGUUAUGCUCCAGAGUUGACUUGUCAAUGCCUAGCUGGCUUCACGGGGCCUCGCUGUGAGACCAACAUGGAUGACUGCCUAAUGCGCCCCUGUGCCAAUGGUGCCACCUGUCUGGAUGGCGUGAACCGCUUUUCUUGCCUGUGUCCUGCAGGUUUCACCGGCCGUUUCUGCACCAUCAACCUGGAUGACUGUGCCAGCCAGCCCUGCCUCAAUGAAGGACGGUGUAUAGAUCGAGUCACAACCUUCCAGUGCUUUUGCCUUCCAGGUUACACUGGAAGAACUUGUGAGACUCCCCUCUGGGAGAUGGGAUCUCAAGCGGUGUCUCCAUUUAGGGAUGGGUCGAGCAGGGGUGGGCAAGACAGAGUUACCCAGAGUAAGUCUCCUCCAGUGAAUCAAUCUCGAGGGACCACCGCUAGUGGCGAUGACAGACGAUUUAUCAAAAUUUCAGUGAAGGAAGUGGUGACUCAACAAGGUGCUGCAGGACUGUCAGAGUUGCAGCUCAUCAUCCUGCUAGUGUUGGGUAGCAUGACUUUGGCUGUGGUGGCACUAACAGCUGGUCUGGUGCUACGUGGACACUGCCUGGACCGAUCUGCUCGCUGCCAGUGUAGACCACCCCCCAAGCACCAUUACCCAUUCCACCGAUGUCAGACACAGAGGAAGCACAUGGAUCCUGCUCAACAGGAAUGCAAGCUAAGUUUUCUCGAAACUCCAGCUCCAGCCAAGCUUCAGAAGAAGAGGCUAAACACAAACAUAAUUUAGGGUGUUGUCACACUUGGUUCGACUACGUGGUCUGAACCAGAGUUCAAUUCCACCCUCUUCCUCUGCCCCCCGCUAGCCUCUUUUCACAUUGUUCUUAUGGGUCCGAAAUACAGUAUGACUGCAUCAACGUGAAUACUAGCGGCAGCUGUUUACCUCUGUAGCUAGAUAAUGACUCAGGAGGAGAAGAUGCCACUGUCCUAUUCAUGUUUGUGUCAUUUUGGAAUUACCUUCAAAACAUUACACGCACAGAACGGCACUUCCGUUUGUCCACCAUGGAUGCAUUACGAGAGGUGUGAAGAAUGCUAGUUGCUCCAUGAAGGCAAUUAUUCAGAGAUAAGCAGCUAUGAGAAUUGCAGUGUGAACGGUAGCAUGCAAAGAUGAAAAUUAUACAUCAUCAAUAGCAAUUCACUUCCGCAGUUUAGGACAGAUUGCUUUCAUGCAAACUGCAAACUGUAACAGAGUUCAGAUGAACCAGACCACCUUUUCAAGUGGACUCAGGAGCGGUUCACUGGUGCACACCCCAGUUCGGAAGACUUUCGCACCAAACAAACAAACCAAAUUAAUGUGGGUGUGCUCCAUAAGUGCUAGUGUGAAAGGACCCUUAAAGCCCUUCCACAUGACUUGGGUCAGGGCUUCAACACACUGUUCAACGCCAGCGUCAAGCACCACUUUGAUCUCUAAAUGAGAUUGUGCAACUGCAUUUGUUGAAGUAAAAAGGCCACUUCUGACCAUGAUGACCAGUUACAUUGGUGGUCGCUCGAAAGCUAUACAGUACAGAAGAAUGACAGUUGGUUGUUGGACACUGGUGGUAAUAAUCCUGAGGAUUACACUAAAUAAAAGAACCAAACAUUUUUUUUUUUUGCAUAGACUGCUGAGGGAACAUUAAGUCAGUUAAAGUCUACAUGAAAUAAAAAUUGACCCUAUUAUUUGGAAGCUUUCAUGAAAAGACUCCAGCUUCAGCGGCUCAAUGCACCAGCCGAGCAACUGCUUUUAAAAUUAAUGGGAAUGCUCACAGAUAGAUUUCUCCAGGUUUAUUAGAACUCCUUGAUAGAGAUCAGUAAAGCAAUAUCAUGAGCAAGAGUGCUGUAUGUCCAGCUAUCAGCACGCAGGUAUUCAUAGCAGUGCUGAUAGAUGGACAAAACAGCACGAUUGCGAGAGCGAUAUUGCUUUUAUUUUACAAUUCAACAAACAUGUAAAUAAAUAAGUAGGGAAAAACUAGUAAUGUCUAAAAAAAAAGCUAGUGUGUGGAACUAUUUUCUUAUGCAACGGAUUGAGGAUCUGCUGUUCCUAGUUCGAAAGAUGCAUCCAAGACUCCGUUACUAAUUCGAAAACCACACUUUAGAACUAGUAAUGGCAGCUUGGGCUGUUUCUAACAAUUAUUGGAGAAACAUGGACGUAUUCGUGUAUGAGAGUGAGUGAAUGAGUGUGUGAAUACCUGUGUCUGUUGUAGCGAUGAACAGUAAUGCUGCAGCUGUUAGUUGAACUGUAUUCUUCAGCUGUAAUGUAAUAGUAAUCCACUCAGACUGUGGAGUGAUGCUGCCAUAUGUGCUAUGUCAAGUAUUUCAUUGUUGGAGAGAAAACAUGGAGGACACCAGUUUCAUUCUUGUAUAUUUCUUGGGGAACUCUUAUUUUGAGAGUGACACAGAAAGCAUUCUCUCUGCCAUGUUGAAAGUUUAUGUCUUCUCCUAACUCGGAAACUUGUAUCAGGUGCCCUGAGCAUGUGUGAUUACUCCAUCUGUCGCGACUCACAUCUAUGAUUGGCAGUAAUGCUGAAGCUGUUAGUUUAGCUCUAAUUCUUAGCUGUAGUGUAGUAGUAAUUUGAGCGAUCAUGUAGUGAAAGACCAUUCCGGAUGAAUAAAUGUGUCAGUCAUGCACUGACUGACACAGAUCAUUAACUCGCUCAUAGCACACACAAGACGGAUUUUGGGGUGGGGGAUUUUUCCCCUUUUUCUCCCAAUUUGGAAUGCCCAAUUCCCAAUGCGCUCUAAGUCCUCGUGGUCGCAUAGUGAUUCGCCUCAGUCCAGGUGGCGGAGGACGAAUCCCAGUUGCCUCCACGUCUGAGACAGUCAACCCGCGCAUCUUAUCACGUGGCUUGUUGAGCGCGUUGCCACGGAGACAUAGCGCGUGUGGAGGCUUCACGCCAUCCACCGCGGCAACCACGCUCAAUUCACCAUGCGCCCCACCGAGAACAAACCACAUUAUAGCGACCACGAGGAGGUUACCCCAUGUGACUCUACCCUCCCUAGCAACCGGGCCAAUUUGGUUGCUUACGAGACCUGGCUGGAGUCACUCAGCACGCCCUGGGAUUCGAACUAGCAAACUCCAGGGGUGGUAGCCAGCGUAUUUUACCACUGAGCUACCCAGGCCCCGCCACAAGACAGUCUUUUGCCGACACCUGCUAGCUCAAAUCUUUAAUGUCACAGGGACGAAUUAAAAUUCACACAUCUAGCUGCUCUUACACGAUAGUUUUAAAAUGCCACAAACACAGAGUGAUACAAACAGUAAAGCGUCCCAGAUGGUGUGAGCUAUCAGCACUCUUGGAACGCCUCUCUUCCAAUCAGAUUCAAGGACCGGAACAAACUGUUGGAUAAUUUUCAUGAUCCGAUCAAUUCCUAAUGGAUAAAAUCAAGUACCAUCUUAACUUGUUUAAUUUCUUGUUUCACUGUAAAACAUUACAGAAGUAAAAUUGGUUACAAAUUUCACUUGAAGACACCAGUUGUGUAAACACUACCUGUGAACUAAUUGUUGAUAUGAGGUCACUCUACUCUGAGUAUAUGGUAGCACUACAUGAGCUGCAUGUAAAAUAAUGAAAAAGCACUUAUACAUAAACACACACACACAAGCGUUAAACAAAUCAGUUUUUUGUUCAAAUCAGAUUUAUGUACUGUAUGUAUAUAGUAUAAUUAAGUGCUCUUCAAUUUAAUUCCAGAUGUACUAAAGAUUUGCCAAAAGCAAUCCAUUUGUUUGAGCUGUCACAGUGUUCAAAUUGUAUAAUAUUUCAAUGUGAGUAUAUGCCAAGUUAGUUUUUUUCUUCAGUAUUUUGACUUUUUUUUUUUUUUUUUAAUGGAAAUGUAUCUUUUCCAUUAACUUUAUUGUAAUGCUUCUUCAAGCAAUCAGAUAGCAAUAUCAAUAAUUUCAUGGGAAGGAUUUGUGAUACAAAAUUAUACAUAGACUACAGCAUUUGUAAGUGUAAAUAUAACUUAUGUAAUUUAUUGGUCAAAUGUAUAUUUGUUUUUUAUGUGUAUUUUUUAUACAGAGCUGUGUGUAUUAAAGUGUGUAUUAAAGAUUUAGACUGUGGAAUAGUAAAUCUUAAUGUCUAACUUCCUAAAUCAAUGACAGUCCGAGGUCAAGAAGAUCAAAAAGAUGCAAUGAAAGUGAAUGGUGACAGAGACUAACAAACUUCUUUUUUUGGAAAAGAGUUGCGUAGGUUAUUAUUAUUAUUUUUAAAUACUCCAGCAUACAGAUUUGAAAUGACACAAAGGUGAGUAAAUAAUCACAGAAUUUAAAUUUUUGGGUGAAAUGUUCCUUUAAGUAUAACUAGGUACCUGUAAAUCUUUUAUAGCUUAUUUAGUGUUCAAGGCCACUUGGUCUAAAGAAGAAGAUGCAAAAAGGAGUGUGGGUGGAUUUCUUUUACCUUGGUCUGCAUCAAGAGAUGUGUAAAGUUAAGAUAACAGGUGACCCCUGGUGGACAUUUUAAAACAUCUGCAAAACUAAAAU